AUGAACAGUCGCACCAGCAGCACCACCAAGGACGGUCAAGCUCAUGCUAGUUUUGUCGGCCAUAAGACUGUCGUUGGCGAUGAUGGCGGGGUGCUGGCUGGAAGUGUGGUGUUUGACCUGUCAAGCCCGUUCAUAGCCCACCCCGAGCAGUACCACGCGACAACGCGCGCCGGCGAUGGCAUACGUGUAGCUGAGUUCUUCAAACACCUGCGGCUCAUCACACUGGAUGAGAACUGGCUGCGCUACCACCUCGCCGAGGUGCUGCUCCUGCGUUUACCGUUUCUUAUUUUUGUCUUCAUGGCAACAGCGAUGCUUGUCGCAGGGAGUUCUGCGCGCUGCAAUGCGUUCUGGACAUUCUGGGCGGAGAAGCCGCCGCCGCCAGUGCAUUUGCGUUACAUUGGAGAAACACGUCCGUUCUGUGGAGAUGCCACAAUGCUUACCAUCGACGAUCUACUGUAUGGUCGCUUGGUGCUCUUUGCGGCGCUGAGUGGCGGCUUCUUUGUGGGGCCCCUUGUGUUUCUCGUGCCGGCUGGCGUGCUGUUGUGCUCCUGGUGGGAGCAGCGCCGCUGUCUGCGCAUCAACGCGCAGCUCGCACGUGUGGUGCUGGACGACGGCGACAACAACAACAAUAACGGCGGCCGCCGCCGCCGCGCUGCUGCUGCUGCUGAUGCUGAUGCUGAUGCUGCUGCGACAUCGCAGCUCCGCGGCACCAUGGACCUCAUCACGCCCCUCCUCGACGGUGCAGCCGCAGAAGAGGGGGGGACGACAGGUAGGGUGCUGCCCACGGAAGCUCUCGUGGCAGACGGAGCAGCAGCAACAGCACUUACAAAGAAUGCUGCACUGGGCGGGUUGGCGGGGGUUCAGUUCUUUCUCGCUACGCAACGGAGCGGCCAGGCCGCGAACGCACCGCAUGCGAUCAGCUGCCGAGCAGCUUCAGCCACAGGGAUGAACUCGACGAUGCGGCAGCGGGGGCGGCACUGUUACGCCACGUACCUGGCACCGCUUGUCCCAUCUCAGUAUGAACGCCAAUUCAGUAGGGGGCGCCUGCAGCAGCAGCGCGUCAGAGCGUCGAAGGCGCUGCAGCAGCUUGGCUUGCGGAUGCGCGCGGCGUGCGGUGUUGCGGUGGAGGUGCUGUCGCUGCUGCUGGGGCUGCUGGCGUGGGUUGGCGCGUGGCGCGCAGGCGUGGCGCUCGCCGAUCAGUAUGGUAUUUGGUCUACGUGA